AUUUAAAAGCAUAAAGUAAAUGAAUUACACAUAAAUCACAGAGAAAAAAAAGAGGAGAGUGAAAAAUGUCGACUCAAGAGGACGACAAGAAGCCCGGUGGUGGUGAUCAAUCCGGCCACAUCAAUCUCAAAGUCAAGGGCCAGGAUGGAAAUGAGGUCUUUUUUAGAAUCAAAAGAAGCACCCAGCUAAAGAAACUUAUGAAUGCUUAUUGUGAUCGGCAAUCAGUCGAUUUCAGCUCCAUUGCCUUCCUGUUUGAUGGGCGUCGCCUCAGGGUAGAGCAGACUCCUGAUGAGUUGGAGAUGGAGGAUGGUGAUGAGAUUGAUGCCAUGCUACACCAGACUGGGGGUGCAUUUGCUUAGAUAAAUAUGAUGCUUGGAUAUGUCAUAUGAAACAACUUGAAUUUUAAAUCACUUGAAGCUUUAUUCGGAAGUACCUAUGUUAUGUUCACUUUUCAGUUUGACUUGCUAGAUUGAGUUUGAUUUAGACAAACACAUUUUCUGUA